AUGGGGCGUAAGGAGCGCGAGGAGCGGCGCAAGGAGCAGGCGAAGCUGCGCCGCCGCGCCGAGAAGCACAUGGGCAAGCGCUCUAGCCAGGAGACCCGGGAGAUAGACGACCUCGAGGCGCGCAUCGCGGCGGGCGCCCCGCCACCGGGCACCAACCCGCUCGCGCUCGACGCGCCGGCGGCCGGCAGCGGGGCCUACGCCGGCGCUAGGACGUUUGAGGAGCUCCCGCUGAGUGCGGCGACGCGGGCCGCGCUGAAGCAGGCCAAGUUCACGCAGCUCACGGCCAUCCAGCGCGCGGCGCUGCCGCACGCGCUGGCGGGGCGGGAUGUGCUGGGUGCGGCAAAGACGGGCAGCGGCAAGACUCUCUGCUUCCUCAUCCCGGGUGGCUGGUCCCAAAUCAGCUGGGGGCCGGCCCACAGCAGCGGCAGCGGCGGGGCGCGCGGGCCUCUGGUGGAGCUGCUGUUCCGCCGCCGCUGGGGCAAGCUGGACGGACUGGGCGCCCUGGUGCUCACGCCCACGCGCGAGCUGGCCAUGCAGAUAUUUGAUGAGCUGGUCAAGGUGGGGCGGCGCCACGAGAUCAGUGCGGGCCUGCUGAUAGGUGGCAAGAAGGUCAGCGAGGAGGCAACACGAGUGGCUUCACUAAACGUGCUCAUCGCCACGCCGGGCCGCCUGCUGCAGCACAUGGACGAGACGCCCGGCUUUGACGCGAGCGGGCUGCAGAUGCUGGUCCUUGACGAGGCGGACCGCAUCCUUGACCUGGGCUUCGCGGCCACCCUGGACGCAAUCAUCGCAAACCUGCCCAGGGCGCGCCAGACGCUGCUGUUCAGCGCCACCCAGACCAAGUCGGUGCGCGACCUGGCACGGCUCAGCCUGGACCACCCAGAUAACCAUAUGGUGGGCCCCCAGCAGAACCGCCCUGGACAUUCCUGGACGGGUCCUGGCAAAUAG